AUGCAUUAUGAUGGUAUGCCACUGAACAUUGGUACAUUUCCACGACCAAAAGGUAAGACUGUAGUAUUUGAUGGAAUAACCCCACCAAUUUCGUUAAAUCAAAUGGUGGGUCUUCAAAGAGACGGUGCCGGCUCCUUGAAGAAAUAUAUUAGUGAACAAUGCGAAUGGAUUUCUGAAGUGAAUGAAUACGAUAUUACAGAUGCGAGCGGGUCUUUCUAUAUUAAUGCCUAUACAGAAUACGCCACAACGAAAGGCACUGCAAAUAAAGUCAAAGAAGCAGUUUCCACUGUCAGAAAUAGCAUUGAGGUCUGCCAACAAUGUAUCAAAGAACACAGACAAGUUGAAUGUACAUUUACAACCUUUAAAGAAGCAUGCAACAGGUGUAAAACUUUACAAAGCCAUGGCCAGGACGUGAAAUGUACAAGUUUCAAAGUGUUGCAUGUCUCUUCAGAUCAAGCAUCAGCACAACGGAAAGCCCAUUCAGAAUUAAACCAAGUAACACCAAAAGCGAUAGACGAUGUUGGUUACGUGCAAUACGGUUUUGGUAUGCUACAUUUUUGCAAGAAUGCCAUAUCAUCCGCAAGAAACUACAGGUUGACAGACAUGUCAGACACAUUUACUAUAUCUAUGCUAACUGCAAUCUGGGCAUCGACAUCCGAGGAAAGUGCGAAAAUGAAAGAAGUUGUACCAGCUGCAGUCUUUUCAUUCAAGGAUAGACAUAGUGAUGAGUUAUGCUACCAAACUGUGUCCAAGAGUUUACAGGAUAUUGUUCAUGCUACAAGGCAUGUGCUUGUGACAUUGGUACCUGAACAAUACAGAACUUUCACCAUGGAAGCGAAAACACACUCACUGCUUGGUCGACCAUUGUAUGUUACCACCAACUCCAAUGGAGACUUCUUGUGGACAGGUAUAGUACACAAUAUAUUCUAGAAACAAUAACAAGAAAAAACAAUACCUGUAUUUCAAUAUUCUUUUAGAAAAAAUACCUUUUCAAAAUUUUGAAAAAGUCUCCAAGAGAUAAUGGAAGUGUUUAAUAUCAUCUGGUUGAUUGAUCCAAUGAUUUAAACAUUACAUUUCAUUGAAAUCCAGUUAUUGUUUGAAAGAAUAACAUGUCAUCCUGUUUACAACUGAUAUAAUAUAAUGAAUUUGUCACUAUGUACAUGUUACAAACUAAUUAAAGAUAAAUAAAGACAAGUUAGACAAUUCGUGACAGGGGAAAGGAACAGGUCUCUCGUCCCAAAUGACACCUAACCCCUAAAGGUUUACCACUGACCCUGCUAUAAACAGUGCUUGUUUUGUCCUUUAAACAGUCAAUACAAUACAUUGUCUUGUUAGUUAUCUCAUUAAAAAACAUAUCUAAUUACUACAGUCCAAAACCUUUGAAUUUUUCUUUGGUAGAUGCUGAAUUUGAAGUUGUGGUUAUGGGAAAUCGACAUAAUCCUACCAAAUGCAUUGUCCUUGGAAAGUGGGAUGAACCAGGUGAGAAAAAUAUGCCAGGUUAUUCAAUGUGUAUAAUACUGUCUGCAACGUCUGCAAUAUGUACAGUUUUCAAUGUGUACAAUAUAUCAGAGUACAUGUAAAAUUUAUCACACUGUCAAGAUCACAGUAUAGUUAUAUAUAAAAACAUAAUUAUGCAAAAGCCUGAACUUUGAUCUUAAAUUGAUUCUAAUUUAUUUAUUACAUAGGUUCGGCACAUGUAAAUCAAGUGGCACCUGCAAAAGCAUCUUUUAGCCAUCCAGCUGGUUUAGAUGUUAUGGUGUGCUCUCAGCAGAAGAAAGAAAUCUGUUUUGUUGCAGAUCAAGGUAACCAUGUCAUUCGCUUGUAAAAUCCAUCAAUUGUUCUAAGUUAGUGGGAACACUUAAGCUACAUCCUGUGCCAGAGAAAUGGAGACCAGAAGGACUUGCAGUUAUCAAUGGCACAACCUUAGCAAUAACGGCAGGAACAAUUUUAGUAAUAGCACGACUUGAUAAAUCCUUGCUGAAUGGUCAACUAAUCAAAAUUGUCAGCAACUUGCAAUCUCCUAGAGGACUUUGUUUUCAUCCAAGAAAAUCUAAUACCAUUAUGGUGGCAGAUGGCAAUGUGGUCAAAGAAAUAAACACAAGUUCCAAAGAAACAUCUGUUGUAGCUCAAGGAUUUCAGACAGCCUUUGAUAUAUCAGUAGCUGUAAAUGGUCAGAUAGGUAUAACAGAUGUUGGUUCACACAAAGUUCAUUUAUUGGAGUGGGAAGAUGAUGAAAGUGCAUGGGUUACCUCUACAGUUAUUGGCAGCGGAAAUGCUGGAUGCAGAGAUGGAAAUGCUACGACUGCUGAGCUUCAUGAGCCAACAGGGAUAACUUUUGAAAUGAAUUCUGCACUGAUUUGUUGUAUUGGAGGAAGGGAUCAUGGGUGUAUCAAGCUGUACUCUCAACUUGGCUUUGCAGCAGAAUUUAUGUCAAGCAUCCGGAACAUCUACGAUGCAAUUGGUUUCUUGCCAAAGAAAGAGCACAACAAGAAACGUAAAUCAUACCAUACCCCAAUAUUGCCAUUCACAGAUGGAAUAAGGAAGUUGUCCAGCAGCCUGGCAUAUAUGGGAAACAUAAUGUCCAAGAGAAAAGCACACCUGAAAAAGAGCUGUUUAGAUGGAUCUGAUGGUUCUAUUUACACACAGACUUUGGAAGGAUUUUCAGAAUCUGUUGUUUCUUUGCAGUACCAUUCUAGUGCAUUUGAGGAACUUGAUAUAGAUUCAGCAUAUAUGAAUCUGUAUGCAUUCACAAACGAAUCAAGAAAAGAACACAACUUUGCUAAACAUAAACAGAGUGGACAAUAUCGCCAUCCUACCAUGCAGCAAUACAGCCGAGCAAAAGGCUGUGAAGAAGAACAGAUAAAGAAGUUGUGUGAAUGUCCGCACUCUUAUCACACAAAUGCAUUCCAAGCAUACCAAGCAAUGCACAAAUCUCCACUUUCAUCCAUUUCAGUCAUUAAAGAGUACAGAGAAAUUAAGGACAAUCUUCGACAUGAAGAAAUAGCCCUCACUGAAGAAGAAAAUACAUCAUUGAAGGAAGAUAUAAUGAAGGCAAGAGUUAUGAACAUGCUCACAAAAGCACUUCCAACCCAGAAUGUGAGAGAUGUUUACAGGGCAAGGUGUGGCUAUGCACCCUGCAUUAUUGAGCAGGUAGAUGCUGCAUUAUUUCAAGAUAAAGAUGCAUGCGAAAGAUACUAUCCAAGCUUCCAGCAGUUAAUGGAUGAAUUAAAUGAAGACAUUGACAAUAAUGAUGUCAAUACAAACAUUGCUAAAAACAAUGACUACACUGUUAAAAAUAAAUGUAUUUUUACAGAAAAAGUUCUGUAA